AGGCGGCGCUAUUCGUGCCAUUACGGAAAAUGGCCGCGCGCUGAGUUCUUCCGGCGGCUCCGCUGAUCCGGCCUGCCGCCGGAGCCUGCCGCUUCUCUUCCGCCGCCCACCUCAGCCCUGCGCCAUGGCGGCCGAGAUCCACUCGCGGCCCCAGAGCAGCCGGCCCAUCCUGCUGAGCAAGAUCGAGGGGCACCAAGACGCGGUCAGCGCCGCGCUCAUCAUCCCCAAGGAGGACGGCAUCAUCACGGCCAGCGAGGACAGGACGAUUCGAGUCUGGCUAAAGAGGGACAGUGGACAGUACUGGCCCAGCAUUUACCACACCAUGUCAUCUCCCUGUUCCACGAUGGCAUAUCAUCAUGACAGCAGACGGAUAUUUGUAGGCCAAGAUAAUGGAGCCAUUAUGGAAUUUCAUAUCUCAGAAGACUUUAAUAAGAUGAAUUUCAUCAGGACCUACCCAGCUCAUCAGAAUCGAGUGUCUUCAGUUAUCUUCUGCGUGGAAGCUGAGUGGGUUAUCAGUACCGGUCAUGAUAAAUGUGUCAGCUGGAUGUGCACCAGGAGUGGAAACAUGCUGGGAAGACAUUAUUUCACCUCCUGGGCCUCUUGUCUACAAUAUGACUUUGAAACCCAACAUGCCUUUGUUGGUGACUAUUCCGGGCAGAUAACACUGCUGAAGCUGGAUCAGAACACAUGUUCAGUUAUUACAACUCUCAAGGGUCAUGAAGGAAGUAUUGCUUCCCUGUGGUGGGAUCCUGCUCAGCGGUUGCUCUUCUCUGGAGCAUCAGAUCACAGCAUAAUCAUGUGGGAUAUCGGUGGAAGGAAAGGCCGGACACUGCUGCUUCAAGGCCAUCAUGACAAGGUGCAGGCCCUUUGCUACAUCCAUUUCACACGACAGCUGGUUUCCUGUUCUGCUGAUGGAGGAAUUGCAGUUUGGAACAUGGAUGUUACCAGAGAGGAGGCCCCUCAGUGGUUGGAAAGUGAUUCCUGUCAGAAAUGUGAACAGCCUUUCUUCUGGAAUAUAAAACAGAUGUGGGACACCAAGACCUUGGGCCUGAGGCAGCAUCACUGCAGGAAAUGUGGCCAGGCGGUGUGUGGCAAGUGCAGCACAAAGCGCUCCAGCUAUCCCAUCAUGGGCUUUGAAUUUCAGGUCCGAGUCUGUGACUCUUGUUUCGACUCAAUCAAAGAUGAAGAUCGCACUUCUUUGGCAACUUUUCACGAAGGAAAACAUAACAUUUCCCACAUGGCCAUGGACAUCUCAAGGGGGCUGAUGGUGACAUGCGGAAGUGAUCGUGUAGUAAAGAUAUGGGACAUGACACCUGUCGUGGGUUGCAGCCUUGCAACUGGUUUCAGCUCCCGUUGAUGUCUGUCUGCCAUGAGAGCAUCCCUGAUGUACCAAAUGGAAGAACCUCCUUCUGCGACAUUUGAUACAAAAACACUGGCUGCUUGACUCGGUGAAUUCUGUCCCUCCCCCCCCCUCCCCCCCCCAGUGGACAGCGUGACUCCUUUUUUUGUGGAGCAGAAUUCUUCUUUAGUGCUUACUGGAAGUGCUGGUGGAUGCAGAAAGGCCAAGCUCAUACCCUGUGAAACAAACAUAGACGAGGCUUUGAGUUCAGCCGGAAGUCUGAGCUAAAAGGAAUAUCUGUGACUAGACCUGCUCAUAGUGGUUAGUGUCCUUUUUCUCUGCCAAAAUAUAUUGUACAGUGGCAAAGGGUUAAAAUAAGUAUAGUGACAAAAACCUGUGCAAAUAAUAGUAACUUAUUCUCAGCCCUAGUGAAUUGUUGCUGUAGACUCCAGUUGUCUUCUGAACAGUUACUAAGAUGGCUGCCUUGCUGGAAGAUUGAAUAAAACGUUGAAAGAAGGAAGAAAGCCUCGUCCCCGUCCCCGUCCCCCCCCUCCCCCCAUUGCAAUAGGGAUAAGUGUGGAUAGAGCUUAUGGGAGUAUUUUUUGCAAAUGUAGUUGAUAAUUCUUUGCAAAGUCUGGUUAAUGUUUGGAUUUUUGAAACAUGAAAAUUAUCUCAAAUCUUCUUGGAGUGGAUUUUUGUACCUGGCAAAGCACUAAAACAUAAACCUCUUCCCUGCAAAGAUAAAAACUGACAUGACUGUACCAAUCAAGCUCCUUUGAACCAGAAGGAAUAAUCUCUUGUUGUGUUGUAGUGUUUGCUGUUUACCACCCAGAGUCCCUAGUAAAUAAUAAAAGAUGUAUUUCAGAUCCCAUUGAUUUCUCUUGGAAAAUUAUCAUGGUGAGUGUUGAUUCUGUAGCUAUAUGUAAAUCCCUCAAGAAGCAAGUGUUUAUCCUCAGUUUGUUCUUGUUUUUGGUAUAUGUAUACUUGGAAUUUAUCUGAAGGGUGAAAUUGUCCUUUUGAGUUUGUCAUAAGUCAAUGUGCAUGCUAUAGUCUUCUGAAAUGUUGGUUUCCUGACAACUGAUGGAGACUUCAGAAAAGACACAAUUGUUGCUAAGGGUCUAAGUCUAAGAUAACAGGCAACUUGGUUGUGGGAAAACUGUGUCUUCCGGAAUGAACAAGGAGGGAUACAAUAUUUCAGCAACAAAUGCUGCAUAAAUCAUUGAAGAAUAGCACAAUCCGUAUGGAGAAUAUACCUCUUCUCUGACUUUGAUAUCGUUAAAAGGCUUAAGAUGGUAACCCCACUGAACUUGUAAAUUUGCCCUACUUGAUGCCUUAUUGGACUGCUGUAGCAGAAGUGAAACUUCAGUUUUCACUGGGAUGGUUUGAAGAAGAAGUCACUUCACCUCAGUGCCCAGAGAGAAACUUAACUGUAGCUGCAAAUGUUCAUCCGUCUUAUGAAAACACUACCAUGACUUGAAGAUGUUUGUAUCUUUUUUUAAAGUGGACAUUAUCUUGCAUAUUUCCUCAUGUUUAGUCUUCACAAAUUGGUCUAGCUGGCCAUUGUCAGACAAGCCCCCAGCUGCCUAUUUUGUCUUCUCUACUAACACGUACGCUCCUAUGACCUGGCUUCCUAAUGAUUAACAGUAUAAACUGCAGAAUAAUAGCUUCUACCUCCUUGGUAAUUCCAUUUUAAAUCUUCCCUCAGUCUUUUGCCUGAGGAUGCUGAAUUUGCUUCAUUGCCGAGGAAUAUAUUUUUUUGUAGCAAAUGGAAUUAACAUUAAUAAGUGUUAGUGUAAAAAAAAGUACAUAUGGAGAAAUGCUUUUGGCAAAACACCAAUUCAUACAUCUGUAGACGUUGAAGUUUUUCAGUGACUCAAAGACUCUGCUCACGAUGACACUGUUGUUUGUAUAGAAAAUGGUGUGUGUGUGUAUGGGGGUGGGGAGGGGAGUCUUGCUGAGCAUUGUAACGAAAAUUGUCCCAGUAUUGUGCAGCUACUGAGACUUGAUUUGAUGCAUAUACCAUUUUUUUCCACAUCUUUUCUUCAGUGAGAAGCAACAAGUACUUAUGUAUUUUUGGCUGCCAGUAGCUUUGUUCUUGUGAAAUUCUGUAUCCUUUUGUUAUCUGAGAUUCUGUUGUUACUGUCCAUGUCUUUAAAAAAAAAUUAUACAAUUAAAAAACAACUAUUUCCUGAUA